GCCGUUGCUCCGGAUACUUUAGCUAUUUGGCUUUUCUUCUUGAUUCGUUUCUUUAACCACUUUUAGCACUUUUUCACCAUGGUUCAGCUGCCACUUGCUUCUAGUCUGCUCGCUGUGCUUGCUCUGCAGGCUCGUGCCAGUGCUGACAGCAGCUUCCCUACUUCUACCGAGCCUAGUGACAUCGGUGUCGAGUUGUCAUCCUCGACUGAGCUCGGCGAUAUCGGCACCGACGAGUCACCCACUGCCGUGUACUCGUAUCCGCCUAUCUUCUACCCUUGGGGAUUUAUGGCAGACGCCUCAUACAACUUUAAGCUGGAUCUUGCCAAAACCAAGAGCGACGGCGGAGCUGUAAACUACGGCAUCGAGGUCGGUGGAGCGUGUGCUCAGUACACGCCUGAGCCACGCACUAUUACCUACACUCGCUAUGAGUUCUCCGAGCCGUACUGGAUGGCAAGGAGUGACGAUGCUGGCGACGAUGACCGCGAUAAUGAUGGCGGCAAUGAUGGCAGCAAUGAUGGCUACGAUAGUGAUCGUGGCGAUCUGGACUCGUACUCAGCGCAAGUAUUCACCACAGUAUUCACCCCACGCUUCCCGCAGGUUGGAUGCAGUGGCAUGUACAAGGCCGAGUACAGCGACAGCAACAGCCAGUAUGAGAGCUCUGACGCAUAUGCAAGCAAGUAUCCCGAUGAGCUACUCUUGGAGCCGCUGCUGGCACUCGGCGAGAAUGGCUUCCUUGGCUCUCUUGACUACGAGCUAGGCGCUUCAGCAACGGAUGCCUUGGACGAUAUUGACAGCGACGUCGACUUUGAUGAGGUUGAUGUUGGUCAGUUCUUCUCAACCCUUGCGGCAGCAGCAGAGGGAGAGGCAACUAUUGCCCAUGCCAGCGACGAUAGCAACGAUGAUGUCAAUGGCAAUGGCAGCGAAGAUUUCGCUGUCGCUGCUGACAACUUCCGUGGCGGCAACGUGGUUGACGAUGCAGACACUGACUAUGACUGAGUCUGGCGGCACAGCCUGAACAUUAUCUUUUAUCCUUCUGUAAAAAUCCCAAGAACAUCGCUAAGCACA